AUGUCAACCAUGGGUCAGGGCAAUUCGAGUCAUGGACAAACUUACAAGAAGCAAUUACACGAUAGCCUAUCAAUUUCAUUGAGCUAUUUGGAAGUGGAAGCCGAUGGCUCUCAAGUAUGCGAAUUGACUUUUAAAAACACUUCGAAGAAAAAUCUUACACUCAAUCCAGUACAAUCAACCGCGAUAGAAUCAAACACAGAAGUGCAAUCAAGUUGGCUACCGAGUUUCUUCAAGCUGUCAGGAAAGACCGAAGAGCAAACAGAACUAGUUACUCUGACCAAAGAUGAGCCAAUAACUUUGUUUUUGGGCCACUUGCAAUUGUUUGGCUACCUUGUCUUGAACUACAAAUUUCCAAUAGAUACUAGCUCGUUGGAUAUGAAUCGACAUCAGCAGUGGUGGAACAAUGUGGAAUACUUAAACCAGUACUGGCAUGACGAAGAGGCAGAAGGAGAAGGAGAUGGAAACGAUCCACAUGUAAUCGUUGAAAACACCCCAUUCGUUGCAGAACAAAUCAAGUCAAAGAUAACUAUUGGUGGUCACUUGGGCGGUGUCAAAGAUUUGAUAGUUGGUGAACACGACUCAAAGUCACUUGAUGUUAAUCCGACGUUAUUACACGAUUUGGUCAAUGUGUUUGACUCAUACCCCGCAGGCACCUCAACUCUUCCUUUGAUAGAUUUGACGGACUCAAUUUUACCAAUAUAUACAACUCCACAAUCGCUUUUGUUUUCUGACUUGAAUAUACCAAAGAAUUCGUCAAAAACAUUCAAAUUCAGUGCACCGGUGAAUAGUAAACUACCACCUAGUUACAACACGAGACUGACGGGACCAGCAUGUGAUCAAGGCUGGGUUAGUAUAAGAUAUUCCCUUGCUGUAAGCUUGCAGGAAAACAAUAUCAUUGAACCUGCGAAAACACUUUAUUUCCCCUUUAAAGUUUCCCCACGUAGAGUCGUCACAAAUAAGGUAAUGCAAAGGCUAUACUUUGAGGAGCCCUUGGGAUUGGAGAGCAGUUGGAGAAUAAAAAGUAAAGAGGAAGAGUCUUUGAGUUCGCCUUCAUUGAAUGGCACCUCAGCGAAAGCAGAUUUUUUGAAAGAUCUUUCGGAUUUGAUCGAUUCAGAUGUUUACAACAUGCCAAAAAUAUCAACAACAGAGCGAAGAAAGAGCAGUAUAAAUACGACGCAAAAGGAAGCUUUGGAUGAAGGAUUGUACACAGCGCAAUUGCCAUCUAAUAUGAAAACACUGUAUCAGUUGAAGGUCAACGACGAUGAAGUGUGCAAGAUUUCGAUUUCCAAACCUUACUACCACGUGGGCGACGACAUUCAUUUCAAAAUAGAGAUGAAUUUGAAUGAUAAAGAGUCACAGGUGAUUGGAGUGAUUGCAUAUUUGGAAGCUUAUGAAACUUAUCAUUUGAAAGAGAAUGGAGAAAGACAAGUUGUCAACAAGUACGAGGUUUCAGGAAACAUAAAGAUCAACACUUUGGCAACCAUAUUGACAAAUCAGAAGGACACGAAAAGUGUAGUGUCCGAGUCUAUCAACAUACCCAAAUACUUGACACCACAGUUUCAGAGUAAGUCAUUCAUGGAUUUGACGUAUUGGUUAAACUUUCAACUCAAUUUCGCCAAGCUUGCCGAUGAGGAUGUAAGUGCCACCGAUCUUGUUUUUAAAUCGAAUACAUUUUUACGAUCUGAUGCAAUUGGAAAUACGCAGCACUUUACCGUUCCCAUCCACAUAAUUAGCUCUGGGACAGAGUAA